GGAAGCGACCCGAGGGCGGAAGUGAGAAAGUUUGACGGCGUCCCGGGGAAGAGUUGUGCUCGAGACGCGGCGAUGGGGGGCUCGGGCAGCCGCCUGUCCAAGGAGCUGCUGGCCGAGUACCAGGACCUGACGUUCCUGACCAAGCCGGAGAUCCUCCUAGCCCACAAAAGGUUCUGUGAGUUGCUUCCCCAGGAACAUCGAAGUGUGGAGGAGUCACUGCAGGCACGAGUGUCCUUCGAGUCCAUCCUCAGCCUUCCAGAGCUCAAGGCCAACCCUUUCAAGGAACGUAUCUGCCGAGUUUUCUCCACAUCCCCUACCAGAGACAGCCUGAGCUUUGAAGACUUCCUGGACCUCCUGAGUGUCUUCAGUGACACAGCAACUCCAGACAUCAAGUCACACUAUGCCUUCCGCAUUUUUGACUUUGAUGAUGAUGGAACCCUGGACAGAGAAGACCUGAGUCAGCUUGUCAACUGCCUCACAGGAGAGGGUGAAGACACUCGGCUCAGUGCUUCAGAGAUGAAGCAGCUCAUUGACAAUAUCCUGGAAGAAUCAGACAUCGACAGAGAUGGGACCAUCAAUCUCUCUGAGUUCCAGCAUGUCAUCUCCCGUUCACCAGACUUUGCCAGCUCCUUUAAGAUUGUCCUGUGAUGGCUGUGUGGGUGCCAGCACCCUGUCUAAGACCGUUCCACUGCUGGGCUGUGGCCAAGGUUAUGCCUGAGAUGUCAGGGUCCACCCUGCUGGCCGGCCUGGAGCAGGCACUGCGUGAGUCCAGCCCCAGGAGGACCUUCCCCCUUCCUACUGCUGUUGUUUUUACUAAUCAGUAAUAAAGGUUUAGAUGUUUUGA